CAUACAUAAAAGGCACAGCCGACUGGACUGUGUGCACGUUCCUGCUCCUCAUCCAGUGAGAAACAUGGGACUCUUGACAGCAGUAGCUAUCGCAGCAGGAGCGGGUGGAGCAGUGGUCUCUGCUCCUAUUGUUCUGGGAGCGGUGGGUUUCACCUCAGUUGGAAUAGCAGCUGGCUCCUACGCUGCAAGCAUGAUGUCUGCAGCUGCGGUGGCCAAUGGAGGAGGAGUUGCAGCUGGAAGUGUGGUGGCUGUUUUGCAAUCAGCAGGUAUGGCAGGUCUCUCUGGGGCCGCCACUGCAGCUGUGGGGAGUGUUGGAGGAGCUUUGGGAUUUUUGGCUACUCUCAUCUGAGACCAUUCUUGAAAUCAUGAAGGAAAAAAAAAAAAACAUAAUGAAGGAUAUAUUUACUGUUGCUAAUUGGAAACAGUUGCCAAGAGUUUCAGCUUCAUGCUUCAGUGAAGCUUUGCUUCACUGAAAUCUGAGUGCUGUAAUGCUGUGGUGUUUUUUCACAAAACACAUUAACGCGGCCAAAUUGUGCGACUUCAAAAAGAAAAUGAUAAUAAAAGAAUGAAAACGAGUUUAAA